CCCCCCCCCCCCCUACACUUUAUAGACGUCAUUUGACGCACUCAGACGUCUGGGAGGUCAGAGGUCAGAGGUCAAUCCCAGGAUCAGCUGAUUGGUGGACUGACAGGAAGCACAGGGGGGGGUAAGUGAUCCAGGAUCAGGUUUCUAUCCUUGUCUCAGAUUAACGUGCGGUCGCAGCCGCCGCUCGUCACUCGCUCGCUCCUCACCUGCGGACAUGUCGCUCAGCAGCAGCUCGGGCCCCAGCGCCCCCUGGAGGAACAACAGCUUCAUCCUGGGGACCGGCAGAGACCCUCCUCUGUCCGACCAGGGAGAGACCAUCAUCGGAGUCUACCUGCUGCUGCUGGGCUGGUUGUCCUGGUUUGGAAACAGCAUCGUCCUCUUCGUCCUGUACAGACAGAGGAAGACGCUGCAGCCCACCGACUACCUGACCUUUAACCUCGCCCUGUCCGACGCCAGCAUCUCAGUGUUUGGAUACUCCAGAGGCAUCAUCGAGAUCUUCAACGUGUUCCAAGACAGCGGCUACCUUAUCUCCUCCAUCUGGACCUGCCAGGUGGACGGAUUCUUCACGCUGGUGUUUGGUCUGAGCAGCAUCAACACUCUGACCGUGAUCAGCGUCACACGCUACAUUAAAGGAUGUCACCCGAGCAGAGCUCGUCAUAUCACUGUGUCCAGUGUCUCUGUGAGUCUCCUGCUCAUCUGGAUCGCAGCUGGAUUCUGGUCUGGAGCUCCAGUGCUCGGUUGGGGCAGCUACACAGAUCGUGGGUACGGGACGUGUGAGAUCGACUGGGCCAAAGCCAGCUACUCGAGCGUGUACAGGUCGUACAUCAUCUCCAUCUUCAUCUUCUGUUUCUUCAUCCCGGUGCUCGUCAUGCUCUUCUGCUACGUGUCCAUCAUCAACACGGUGAAGCGAGGGAACGCCAUGUCAGCAGAGGGCGACCUGACCGACCGCCAGAGGAAGAUCGAGAGAGACGUGACCAUCGUGUCCAUAGUGAUCUGCACGGCCUUCAUCCUCGCCUGGUCUCCUUACGCCGUGGUGUCCAUGUGGUCAGCCUGGGGCUUCCAUGUGCCCAACCUCACCAGCAUCUUCACCCGCCUCUUCGCCAAAUCGGCCAGUUUCUACAACCCGCUCAUCUACUUCGGACUCAGCUCCAAGUUCCGCAAAGACGUCACGGUGCUGCUGCCCUGCGCCCGAGACGCUAAGGACACGGUCAGGUUGAAGCGCUUCAAGCCGAAGGCCGACGGCCGCGCUGCUGCAGGAGGAGGAGGAGGAGCCAGACUCAAAGUUCCUCUUGACCAGACGGACAGGAAGUACCCCCCCGCGUGCCAGGCCAAACCCAGUCCCCCCUGCACGCCGCCGCCCGUCAACAAGGAGGUGUUCUUCAUCGACCUGCCGAGGCCGUCUGAGGCCGGCUCCGAGUACGAGUGUGACCGACUCUGAAGGACAGCCGGUCGACCACAGCCGGAACACGCCAAUCACAUGUAUGUGAUUUAAAUAACAUACAAGCAGAGAAUAUCUGAUAUUCUGUCUGUGACGUCUCAAACUCCACUCACACUGGAAGUAGAAAAACUGUAGAAAACAGAAAAACUUAAAUGAAGAAAUGUAAAUAAAAUUUUGUUUAUUGAUUUGUAUUAUUUGUAUUAAAGUGUAAUAAACUUCAUUAUUACACCAAA